AUGGUUUUUAACCCUCUUUUGUUAGAUUUCACUAACAGAAAAGAAUACGAAAACCAAAACAAAUAUUUGAAAAUUAUAGGAGAAAAAACAAGGCUAAAAGAGGAAAAUAAAAAAGACAGAAUA